ACAACCUUUUGGUCCUCACUGUGGCCACCAAAGAGACAGAGGGCUUCCGCCGCUUCAAGCGUUCAGCCCAGUUCUUCAACUACAAGAUUCAGGCCCUGGGCUUGGGGGAGGACUGGAGCGUGGACAGUGGACCCUCGGCAGGCGGAGGACAGAAGGUUCGGCUGCUGAAGAAGGCGCUGGAAAAGCAUGCGCACAAGGAAGACCUGGUUAUUCUCUUCACUGACAGUUACGAUGUGGUGUUUGCCUCGGGGCCCCGGGAACUCUUAAAGAAGUUCCAGCAGGCCAAGAGCCGGGUGGUCUUCUCAGCUGAGGAACUCAUCUACCCCGACCGGAGGCUGGAGGCUAAGUAUCCGACGGUGUCUGAUGGCAAGCGGUUCCUGGGCUCCGGAGGCUUCAUCGGUUAUGCCCCCAACCUCAACAAACUGGUGGCCGAGUGGGAGGGCCAGGAUAGUGACAGUGACCAGCUCUUUUACACCAAGAUCUUCUUGGACCCGGAGAAGAGGCCCAGGCCCUCCUUCCUGCAGGAGCAAAUCAAUAUCAGUCUGGGCCACAGCUGCAGCAUUUUCCAGAACCUGGACGGAGCCUUAGAUGAAGUCGUACUCAAGUUUGAAAUGGGCCACGUGAGAGCACGGAAUCUGGCCUAUGACACCCUUCCAGUGGUCAUCCAUGGCAAUGGUCCCACCAAGCUGCAGCUGAACUACCUGGGCAACUACAUCCCUCGAUUCUGGACCUUCGAGACAGGCUGCACGGUGUGCGAUGAGGGCCUACGCAGCCUCAAGGGCAUUGGGGAUGAAGCUCUGCCCACCGUCCUGGUCGGUGUGUUCAUUGAGCAGCCCACGCCAUUCCUGUCCCUGUUUUUCUUGAGGUUGCUGCGCCUGCGAUACCCCCAGAAACGGAUGCGGCUUUUCAUUCACAACCACGAACAGCACCAUAAGCUUGAAGUAGAGAAGUUCCUGGCAGAGCACGGCACAGAGUACCAGUCCGUGAAGCUGGUGGGUCCCGAGGUGCGAAUGGCCAACGCGGAUGCCAGGAACAUGGGCGCAGACCUGUGCCGCCAGGACCAAACUUGCACUUACUACUUCAGUGUGGAUGCUGACGUGGCUCUGACCGAGCCGGACAGCCUACGGCUCCUGAUUGAGCAAAACAAGAAUGUCAUCGCGCCACUCAUGACCCGCCAUGGGAGGCUCUGGUCCAACUUCUGGGGGGCACUGAGUGCAGAUGGGUACUACGCCCGCUCUGAGGACUACGUAGACAUUGUGCAGGGGCGGCGUGUCGGCGUGUGGAAUGUGCCUUACAUCUCAAACAUCUACCUGAUUAAGGGCAGUGCCCUGCGGGCCGAGCUGCAGCACGUAGACCUGUUCCACUACAGCAAGCUGGAUGCUGACAUGAGUUUCUGUGCCAAUGUCCGGCAGCAGGAGGUGUUCAUGUUCCUGACCAACCGCCAUACCUUCGGCCAUUUGCUGUCCCUGGAUAACUACCAGACCACCCACCUUCAUAAUGAUCUCUGGGAGGUGUUCAGCAACCCUGAGGAUUGGAAAGAGAAGUACAUCCACGAGAAUUACACCAAGGCUCUGGAGGGGAAGCUUGUGGAGAUGCCUUGCCCGGAUGUCUACUGGUUCCCCAUCUUCACGGAGGCAGCCUGUGACGAGCUGGUGGAGGAGAUGGAGCACUAUGGCCAGUGGUCUCUGGGUGAUAACAAGGACAACCGUAUCCAGGGCGGCUACGAAAACGUCCCCACUAUUGACAUCCACAUGAACCAGAUCACCUUUGAGCGGGAGUGGCACAAGUUCCUGGUGGAGUACAUUGCCCCCAUGACAGAGAAACUCUACCCUGGCUACUACACCAGGGCGCAGUUUGAUCUAGCCUUUGUAGUCCGCUAUAAGCCUGAUGAGCAGCCCUCGUUGAUGCCUCACCACGAUGCCUCUACCUUCACUGUCAACAUAGCCCUGAAUAGGGUUGGGCAAGAUUAUGAGGGCGGAGGCUGUCGAUUUCUGCGCUACAACUGCUCCAUAAGAGCCCCAAGGAAGGGCUGGGCUCUCAUGCAUCCCGGGCGGCUCACACACUACCAUGAAGGGCUUCCCACCACCAAGGGUACCCGCUAUAUUGCUGUGUCCUUCGUCGAUCCCUAACUGACCAGUGCCUGCCUCAGACCUUUCUCUUCAUUGACAACCACUGCCCAGCAGCCCACACAC